AAAAAUAGUUUCCUAAUUUUUGUCACAGCAAAUUUCUUUUGGUUCCAUUCUGAAAAGCUUCUGUUUCAUAAGCACAGAAACAAUGGCGUCAAUGGCGGCACCUAAAGCAAACACACUUUCACCUUCUCCCUGUAACUUCCAGAGAUUAAAUUAUCCCCACAAAAAUUCACUCAGAAUCCCAUUUAAUUCAGAAUCUACGAGCCCUAGACUCGUUUCGAUUCAUUCCCACAACCCCAACCUCGAUUCAAUCAAAAUGGAUCAAACUGUAUCCGGGUUCGGAUCGGGUAGCGAAACCCUGGCCCAUUCAAAUGCUUCAUCUUCCGCCUCUUCCGCCAUUGAUUUUCUCACAUUGUGCCACCGUUUGAAGUCGACAAAACGGAAAGGAUGGGUCAAUCAUGGAAUAAACGGUCCUGAAUCGAUAGCUGAUCACAUGUACCGUAUGUCUUUGAUGGCUUUGAUUACUAGCGAUAUUCCCGGUGUUAACAGGGAAAGGUGUAUCAAGAUAGCAAUUGUUCAUGACAUUGCAGAAGCUAUUGUUGGAGACAUUACACCAUCGGAUGGUGUGCCGAAGGCAGAAAAGAGUAGAAUGGAGACAGAAGCAUUGGAUGAAAUGUGCAAGGUUCUUGGUGGUGGCAUGAGAGCUGAAGAAAUCAAAGAACUAUGGCUAGAGUACGAAAACAACUCAUCUUUGGAGGCCAAUCUCGUGAAAGAUUUCGAUAAAGUUGAAAUGAUACUGCAAGCAUUAGAAUAUGAAACAGAGCAUGGAAAGGUGUUGGAUGAGUUUUUUCUGUCAACUGCAGGGAAAUUUCAAACUGAAACUGGGAAAAAAUGGGCAGCAGAAAUCAUUUCCAGAAGGAAUUCAAGAUUAGCAAAUAGGUCUAACUAAGCUACUUCUUUAUUUUAUUUAAUUAACUAAUCAUUUGUUUUUUUUUUAACUUGUAAUCUGGUGAUUAGUUGACUCACUCUUUCUCUAUUUUGACCAAAUCCUUAGUUGCAAAAGUGGUACUUGAUAAUAUACUGUAAUAAUCUUUGCAGGAGACUAUGAUUAAUUUCUUGUUUUAAAAAGUAUCUUAGAAAGUCGGGAUUAAAUUAUCCCGAACGGGAUUUAA